AUGGCGGAGAACGACGUCGCGAUGGACGCGGACGUCGCGGAGACCGAACAGCGCGUCAAGGCGGAGCGAGAGAAGAGAGAGGAGAGGGAGAAGAAAGAAAGGGAGGAGAAGGCUGAGGCCGAGAAGGGCGUCGAGGCGAUGGAGGUAUCGGAGGAGGAUGCGUUGCUGGCUUCGUUCGCGGCGGCGGCCAAGGCUGCGGCAGCCCGCGUGGCGGCGACGAUCACGAACGGUGCGUCGACGUCAGGGCAGACUUCGACUCCAAUUGCGCUCGGAGCGAAUAAGUCGCUCAUCGCGAGCAUCGCUCGUCCCGUGGUGCCGUCGCAGCGCGCGGCGUACGUUCCGGUGAAAAAGGCGAGGCGCGCGACCAAGCGCGCUCGAGCGCUCGAUGACGUCUUCGAACAGAGCGACGACGAGGGCGAAAACGAUAGCACCGUGAAAAAAGAUGCAGCCGACGGUGAUGUGGCGAAAGCGAGUGAAAACGCGGACGAAGUCGCCGCGGAGGAGGACAUCGAUGACGACGACGACGAAGCCUGGGCGCAAAGGCAGCAAGCCAAGCUCAGCAAGACGGAGAAGCUCGGCAAGGUCAAUCACGACGAAAUCGAUUACGAGCCGGUGAAGAAGGAUUUUUACAUUGAAUCGAAAGAGAUUUCUUCCAUGACCAAGGCGCAAACGCGUGCACUUCGAGCGGAAUUGGAUGGGAUUAAGUGUCGAGGGAAGAAAGUUCCCAAACCCAUCAAGACGUGGGCGCACGCAGGUCUGAGCGGACGCAUACACGAGCUCAUCCGACGCUGUGGCUUCGAGAAGCCGAUGCCAAUUCAAGCUCAAGCGCUGCCGGUGAUUAUGUCCGGGCGCGAUUGCAUCGGGAUCGCCAAAACGGGGAGUGGGAAAACCCUGGCGUACAUCCUACCGAUGUUGCGACACAUCAACGCGCAGGAACCGCUCAAGAAUGGUGACGGUCCAAUUGGUAUGAUCAUGGGACCGACCCGCGAGCUCGUUACGCAAAUCGGAAAAGAAGCGAAGCGCUACGGCAAAGCGUUGGGGUUCAACGCCGUCAGUGUGUACGGUGGCUCGGGAAUUGCGGCGCAAAUUGGCGAAUUGAAGCGAGGCGCGGAGAUUGUCGCGUGCACGCCCGGUCGUAUGAUCGACAUCCUGACGACGGGCGGCGGCAAGAUCACGAAUCUUCGCCGCGUGACGUACAUAGUCCUCGAUGAGGCGGACAGAAUGUUCGACAUGGGUUUCGAACCUCAGAUCACGCGCAUCUUGGCGAACCUCCGUCCCGAUCGUCAAACUGUCAUGUUCAGCGCGACGUUUCCGCACACGAUGGAAGCGCUCGCGCGCGCCGCUCUGGAAAAUCCAGUCGAGAUUCAAAUUGGCGGGAAAUCCGUCGUGAACUCGGACAUCGAUCAGGUCGUGGAGAUUCGUCCCGAGGAGGACCGCUUCCUUCGCGUCCUCGAGCUCCUGGGAGAGUGGUGCGAGCGCGGGAAGAUUAUCAUUUUCGUCGCGAGCCAGGAUAAAGCCGACUCGACGUUCAAGGAAUUGCUCAAGAGCGGCUAUCCGUGUCUCAGCUUGCAUGGGAGUAAAGAACAGAGCGAUCGCCACAGCACAAUCUCGGACUUCAAGUCUGACGUCUGUAACAUUCUCGUUGCUACUUCGGUCGCCGCUCGUGGCCUUGACGUGAAGGAUCUGAGACUUGUCAUCAACUACGACACACCGAACCACUUGGAGGACUAUGUGCAUCGCGUCGGACGCACCGGUCGCGCUGGACAAAAGGGAACCGCGGUGACCUUUAUUUCGGAGGAUGAGGAGAAGUUCGCGCCGGAUUUAGUCAAGGCACUGAAGGAUUCGAAGCAAACUGUGCCGCGAGACGUCCAGAGGCUCGCGGAUGAGUUCACGCGCAAGCGAAAGGAGGGUCUCGUUGGAGCUGCUGGUUCCGGUUUCGGCGGGUCGGGCUUCAAGUUUGAUCAAGGCGAACAUGAUGCGCUCAAGAAGCAGAAGCGCGAUGCUGCUCGCGCGGCGGGUCUGGAAAUCGACGACAGUGAGAGCGACAGUGAAGAAGAGCCCGUCUUCGGCGGCGAUGCAGGCGAGGAUGAGGGCCCAAUUUACGCCUCAGUGGGUCCGUCUGGGCAGGCGGCGGCGCAAGCGCAAGCGGCAGCGGCGCAAGCUACGGCUACCGUACAAGCGGCGGGCGCAGUGCCCGCAAAUGGAGCACCGCAACAGCAGCAACCCUCGAACGCGCUCGCCACCGCAGGCGCUCACGCGGGUAUGACGCCUGCGCAAAUCGCUCAGGCGGCGGCGCAAUCCGUCUUUGCCAAGAUGAAGGCACCAAAAACGGGCGGAAUCAGACAGACCAAUCCGGGUGGUGCUCAGUCGCAAGCCGUCGCCGGGUCUCGCGGGGGCGUGGACAAAGCGAUCGCUCUCGCGCAAAGUUAUGCUCUCGCGCACGGAGUUAGUGAGGGCACCGCGAGGGCGGCGGCGCUCGCGGCGGCGCUCAAUGCACAGCACGCCAAGCCCACGGCGUCAUCCGCUGCCACUGGAUCUCACUUUGAGACGGAGCUCGAGAUCAAUGAUUUCCCCCAAUUCGCGCGAUAUAAGGUUACGCAAAAAGAAACUAUUGCGCAAAUCAUGGAGAUGACAGGCGCCGCGGUCACAGCCAAGGGUCAGUACGCCCAGCCCGGGCGUCCGCUCGCGCCGGGCGAUAGAAAACUCUACCUUCUCAUCGAAGGUCCUUCCGAGCGCGUUGUCAAGGAGGGCAAAAACUACGUGAAGCAAAUCAUCGAGCAAGCCAUAGCCAAACAGGCAUUGCCAGGUGGGGGACAACCACAAGGUAGAUAUCGCGUAUAG